GAGAAAGAGAAAGAGAAAAGAGGGAUGGUGGCGGCUUACCCCGGAGGAGACGGACACCUUUGGUGGCCGGGAGCCUUCACACACUGAAGCAUACCUGCACUGCAGCACAGCCUCCUCACUCACUAACACAGGAGUGUGUGGGCUGGCAGGAAGAGAUUUAUGGUUUGGUUCUUCUUGUAAUACAAACUUUUAAUACACACACAUACACUGGCUUGCAAUAUGAAGUCCCAGUGGACCAGAAUGAUGACUUGGCUUUAAAGUAGGCCAAGGACCAAAUUGAAGGACACACACAUACGCCCACACUAAGUCAUAUUCACUCUCAUCUUCAUUCUCUGCGGAUUUUUUUUAAAAUAGCAGAUUAAUCCAGAGAGAUGAGCAGUUCUGAGUAUCCGUCAGCUGUCCGUCCUUAUAUCCCUCUACCCCCUUCAUCCCUCUGUCUUCUCUCUUCCUCUCUUGUUUUAUCCUGCUCCAAAGCUGGCAGACAGUCUUUGCUUGCGUUUGACCUUUGAGUGGGUGUGAGAGGAGGAUGGAUUUAUAACACAAUACAGAGAGAUACAGAGCCAAGCUGUACAAUCUGUAAAUGAUUGACACCUUUCCGGAGUCCCGCAUUCAGACCAGACUCUGGAAAGUUUCUUGCCUCAAAAAUAGAUGAGACAUUUCCACUAAUUCCAGGAAGUGUUGGUGUGACUGGAAACAUGCCUGGUGACAGCGUGACUCUGACUGCGUGGUUGCGUGAGAGAUAGACGAGUGUGUUGUGCGUUCACAAACAGGAAGUAUAUGUUUCACGGGUCUUCCUGUGGUUGCUUUGUGGUUCUGUUGCCUCGAGGUGUGAUAGGAACACACUCCCUCUCUUUUCACCACAGUCGCCGAUCAAUGUGCUAUACGUGGAAUCUUAAAGAGAUAAAUGAAAAGGAAGACAAACGGUUCUUUAGAUUGUUUCCUGACUUAGAUUCUUGGUUUCAAGAUCAUAGAAGAUGUUGCAUGCAUAUACUGCUCUUUCACAUAGCGAAACAAUGUUUUUAUUCCGUGUCUGCUUCUCUCUUGUUCAAGGAGCAUGUUUGAGUGACGGGCGAAGGAGGAAGUGGGAUCUCUCACGCUCCGCCCCCUCCCCCCCCCCCCCCCCCGUGCUGGUGGAGCAACCUGCACAUCUGACCAGAGACUCCUUCAGUCACUUGGACAGGAUGCGGAGGUUCGCUUACUGUAAGGUGGUUUUGGCCACUUCUCUGGUGUGGGUGAUGCUGGAUAUGUUCAUUCUGCUCUACUUCAGCGAGUGCAACAAGUGUGACGACAAAAAAGAGCGAGGACUGCCAGGGAGACACGAUACCCUGACCAGGCCGCGGGACGGGCCCGGAGAAGGCGGAAAGCCUGUGGUGAUCCCAAAGGACAACCAGGAGAAGAUGAAGGAGAUGUUUAAGAUCAACCAGUUCAACCUCAUGGCCUCGGAGAUGAUCGCUCUCAACCGGACACUGCCUGACGUCCGCCUGGAAGGGUGUAAGAACAAGUUGUAUCCCGAUAAUCUUCCCCGUACCAGCAUAGUGAUUGUAUUUCACAACGAGGCGUGGAGCACACUGCUGCGAACCGUCCACUCCGUCAUCGACCGAUCACCUCACACACUGCUGGAGGAGAUUGUCCUGGUGGACGAUGCCAGCGAGAGAGAUUUCCUAAAGCGGCCGUUGGAACAGUACGUCAGAAGGCUGGAGGUUCCUGUCAGAGUGGUGAGGAUGGAACAGCGGUCUGGACUUAUUCGUGCUCGCCUCAAGGGAGCGUCCAUCUCCACUGGCCAGGUCAUAACUUUUCUGGAUGCUCAUUGCGAAUGCACUAUAGGGUGGCUCGAGCCUCUGCUCGCCCGCAUCAAGCAGGACAAGAGAACUGUGGUGUGCCCCAUCAUCGACGUGAUCAGCGACGAUACGUUCGAGUACAUGGCAGGAUCCGACAUGACGUACGGGGGCUUCAACUGGAAGCUCAACUUCCGCUGGUACCCUGUACCCCAGAGAGAGAUGGACCGCCGCAAAGGAGACCGCACGCUGCCUGUCAGGACUCCCACCAUGGCAGGUGGCUUGUUCUCCAUAGACAGAGAUUAUUUCCAGGAGAUUGGCACAUAUGACGCAGGCAUGGACAUCUGGGGCGGAGAGAACCUGGAAAUCUCUUUCAGGAUUUGGCAGUGCGGUGGGACGCUAGAGAUUGUCACAUGCUCCCACGUGGGCCACGUGUUCAGAAAGGCAACACCCUACACGUUUCCUGGAGGAACAGGACAGAUCAUCAACAAAAACAACCGACGCCUGGCCGAAGUCUGGAUGGAUGAAUUUAAGAACUUCUUCUACAUCAUCUCUCCUGGCGUGACCAAAGUGGACUACGGUGACAUCACAUCUCGCUCGGCUCUGAGACAAAAGCUUCAAUGCAAACCCUUCAGUUGGUACUUGGAGAACGUCUACCCCGACUCUCAGAUCCCCAGACACUAUUACUCCCUGGGAGAGAUCCGCAACGUGGAGACCAACCAGUGCCUGGACAACAUGGCCCGCAAGGAGAAUGAGAAAGUCGGCAUUUUCAACUGCCACGGCAUGGGAGGCAACCAGGUUUUCUCUUAUACGGCCAAUAAGGAGAUCAGGACAGAUGAUUUGUGUCUGGACGUGUCCAAGCUAAACGGACCCGUCAUGAUGCUCAAGUGCCAUCACCUCAAAGGCAACCAGCUCUGGGAGUACGACUCGGUGAAGCUGACCCUGAUCCACGUCAACAGUAACCAGUGUCUGGACAAGGCCAGUGAGGAGGACAGCCAGGUGCCCAGCGUCAAAGACUGCACACACACACGCUCCCAACAGUGGCUACUCCGCAACGUCACACUACCAGAGGUCUUCUGACCACACUCGGCACACUCACAAACACACGCACUCACACACACGGCGGCCCAGAGUAAGCAAUCAGGUGAACAGACGUGUUUAUUGAAAUUGGGCACAAGGAAAGGAAAGACUUCCCACGAGGGGAUUCGGGAAGAGAGGAGGCCGGAUUGGACUGUACUACCUCUGCCGGAGAUCAGAGGGAGGAGUGUGUUUGACCCUCCUGAGACCGAGGAAAGAGGAAAGACUCCCUCUCGGAGACGCUGGCUGUUGUUUUACGUUUGUUUGUUGUUUUUUUAAAGAGAUUUUUACCGCAGAGUGACUCGCUCGCUGGGCGUGAAUACGAGACUGGCCAGUUGAGUCGAGGUUUGCACUCACCGCUUCCCUGAACAAAGCAGUCCACCCCUCAAGUCAUCACUUAACGUUUACCGACUGCCUCUGAUGGUGUGUGUGUGUGUGUGUGUGUGUGUGUGUGUGUGUGUG